UAUUUAUAGAACAUUGUACUGAAGUACAGAGAGGGCAUUUCGACCGUAACAUAUUACAUCCACUUUCGCUUGAUGUUGUUACUUAUGGUAUAAAUAUUACAAAAAAAAACUAUCGCGUGCUGUAAGAAGCUUGCAUCUCGCAAACGACAGUAAUUUUAGAUUGACAGAAAACCGGGACACCGGUAGACGUGAAUACAAGAAAGUUCAAGAUGGCGGCUCUCGCAGAAGCACAACGAAAAGCAGAGGCUGAUGCAGCCAUGAGGACCAAUAAGAGUGUGAUCGAGUUUCAAACGUUGGCCAAGAAAGACGCUAAACAGGCACUAAAAGUGGAAUUAGAGAAGCUGAAACAAACAGCACCUCCAGGUGAAACAGAGAAAGCAACUAAAAACUUUGAAGGAUUUAAAGAUUUGUUCAGCCGAUUUUUACAAGAAAAAGGACCAUCUGUAGAAUGGGACGAAAUACAACCUUUACCUCAAGAUGCCGUGAUCCCUUACAAGGAGCUUCAAGAACAUGACACAGAGAAUAUUAAGGCAUUGUUAGAUAAACUUGUUGUUAUUAAAUUAAAUGGUGGCUUGGGCACCAGCAUGGGAUGUAAAGGACCGAAAAGUGUCAUCGGUGUUCGGAGUGAACUGACCUUUCUGGAUCUGGCGGUUCAGCAAAUAGAGCAUCUCAACAAGAAGUAUGGUUCAGAUGUACCACUAGUUUUGAUGAACUCAUUUAACACGGACGAGGAUACUAAUAAAGUUCUCAGAAAAUAUGAUUCUUGUCAAGUGCAGAUAUCAACGUUUAAUCAGAGCAAAUAUCCAAGGAUCAAUAAAGACUCACUAUUGCCCAUUGCGAAAUCAGUCAGUUCUGAUGACUUGGAAGCUUGGUAUCCACCAGGUCACGGCGAUAUUUAUGAAUCUUUCAAUAAUUCUGGUUUGUUAGAUGCCUUUAUAAGACAAGGAAAGGAAUUUGUUUUUAUUUCAAAUAUUGACAACCUUGGAGCUACAGUUGAUAACAAAAUUCUAAAUUUCCUGGUGAAUCCUCCAAAUGGCACCGGAAGUGAGUUUGUGAUGGAAGUCACAGAUAAAACCAGAGCUGAUGUGAAGGGAGGUACGUUGAUUCAUUAUGAGGAUAAACUCCGUCUGUUGGAAAUUGCCCAAGUUCCCAAGGAACAUGUGGAUGAAUUCAAAUCAGUCAGUAAAUUCAGGGUAUUCAACACUAACAAUAUUUGGAUAAAGUUGGCAGCCAUUAAGAGAAAUUUGGAUAACAAGUCACUUGACAUGGAAGUCAUUGUUAAUAACAAGACACUGGAUAAUGGAUUAAAUGUUAUCCAAUUAGAGACAGCUGUUGGUGCUGCAAUCAAGAAUUUUGAAGCCCAUGGUAUCAACGUGCCCAGGAGUCGGUUCUUGCCAGUGAAGAAGACAUCAGAUUUAUUACUUGUCAUGUCCAAUUUAUACACCAUGAAAGCAGGUUCACUGAAAAUGAAUCCACAUCGACAAUUUAAAACAACGCCACUUGUAAAACUUGGCACACACUUUGAUAAGGUGAACAUAUUUCUGAAGAGAUUUGGGAGCAUUCCAAACUUGAUUGAGUUGGAUCAUUUGACAGUGUCUGGAGAUGUGACAUUUGGCAAAGGAGUUGUUCUCAAGGGUACCGUUAUCAUCAUCGCUAAUCAUGGGGACCGAAUUGACAUACCUCCAGGUGCUUUGCUGGAAAAUAAGAUUGUGUCUGGCAACCUGCGAAUUUUGGAUCACUAGUCUUUGACCACCUCUAUGAACUUUUAUUAAUUGUGUGAAUGCUGUGCCUGAUUUUAUAUAUUUAGCUUUAAAAAUAAUAUAGUCUUGUUAUCUGUUGAAUCGCUGGCAAGACAGUAAGCUCACUGUACAUGUCAGGCUUUUUUUGCUGCACUUCAACUUGUUUGCUACACUGACAUAAAUUGUUUAACACAAUAACAUCAACAGGGUUAGAACCUUGUGUGGUUUCACUACAGUCAAACAUCUCUGAUUAAAACCCUGUGUUGUUACCAAACAUUCUUUCUUUGUUAUAAAGAAAAAAACUCCCAUCUUGGUGAUCGCUUUGGUUUACCACUACAUGUUGUUGUGUUAAAAUAUGAUUUUACAUAAUUUCAUAGUCACUUGCACUUCUAACCAAGCAUGCCUCAUGAAAAAAUAAUAAAAGAAACUCGUAUUCGAAUGAUCUUUCGUCACUGUGGUACUUUGAGUGGACUGGUUUUUAUUUGUACAUUCUGUAAUUAUCUGUGAUUGUAUAAUGAGCUGCAGUAAUGCUCUCAGUUGUGAAUACAUGCAGCAAUAAAAUAUUGUUGAUGCACUUC